CCAUGUUUGGGCCUGAGAGAGGAGGAGCAGCAUGUUUGUGUGCAGAGGAUGCUGGAGUGUGGAGUGUGGAGUGUGGAGGGUCCUGAGGGGCAAGUGGUGAAGGAGGAUGAGGCUGUGUAACCGAGGGAUGAUGAUGCUAAUGACCACGGCGGGGGCUUUCUGCGCCUUCAGCCUCAUGACCAUCGCCGUGGGCACGGACUACUGGCUGUACUCACGAGGCAUGUGUCGCUCCAAGAACCUGGGGGACAACGAGACGGUCAGGAAGAACGAGGAGGUGCUGACCCACUCCGGGUUGUGGAGGACCUGCUGCACGGAAGGAACAUUCCGAGGUGUCUGCAAGGACAUCGAUCAUUUUGCAGAGGAUGCAGAUUACGAGCAGGAUGCUGCAGAAUAUUUGCUACGCGCCGUGCGAGCAUCCAGCCUCUUCCCCAUCCUCAGCGUGGGCCUGCUGUUCCUCGGCGGCGUGUGCGUGGCGGCCAGCGAGUUCUACAAGUCACGCCACAACGUCAUCCUCACAGCGGGCAUCCUCUUCGUCUCAGCAGGUCUCAGCAACAUCAUCGGCAUCAUCGUGUACAUAUCGGCCAACUCGGGCGACCCCAGCCAGAGCGACAACAAGAAGAGCUACUCCUACGGCUGGUCCUUCUACUUCGGGGCGCUUUCCUUCGUGCUGGCGGAGAUGGUCGGCGUCCUGGCGGUGCACGUGUUCAUCGAGAAGCACCGCCAGCUGCGCACCAAAGGCCGGCCCUCGCUCAUCAAGCCGGCGCUUCCAAACAGCAAGCGCUACUACCACAACCGGCCCCGCAGGUACAGCAACCGGAGCAACCACAGCAUGGCCGAGUCCGCCUCCAACUCCCUCCGGGCGUCGCUGGUGCGGGAGAACUCGCUCUCCAAGGUGGUGCCCACGCCGUUGACGGUGAGCUCGGACUUUGUGUUGUACGCGCUGGCCUCGCCUCUGAAGGACGGUAAGGUUGACAUGUUGGACGGUUUAGCCGCUGACGACACCGACAUGAUGUCCGGGAACAGCAGAAGAACCACUCCGGUCUGAGAACUGACAGAAGUCCAAAGACUCCACGGUAGUGAUGGGUCCGGCAACACCGAUGCAUCGGCGCAUGCGUCGAGCUCAUAGAGCAAAACCCUGUGUCGGUGCACGUACCGCUUUUAGAAAGUCACGUGACCGAUCAUGAGCUGUUUUGGUCACGUGACCGAUACGCCAACUGUGUCGCACUGACGCCUCCUCUGUGCCCUGUGAGCAUGUAUUUUCUACAG